CCAAGUUUGUUUUAUGGUAUUUUUUUCGUCUUCAUAUUUCUUCGGAAGCAAAAGGGCCAUACAAAUUUCAUUGAGUAUCAUUUGUCAUUUCAGGACGGUUGCGACGAUAAACUCAAGAACAGCGAGCGUUAGAUCGAUAGGGUCGAAAAAGGAAAAGAAAGCGACCGCCGCAGCUAGAUUCACAAUUUAUAAAGUAAACAAGGCCAGUCGGAAAAAGCGGGAAAAAUCGUCAGCGAAAAAGGAGCGGAAGGCCACAAAAACGCUGGCCAUCGUCCUAGGUGUGUUUCUUAUCUGCUGGGUGCCAUUUUUCACCUGCAACAUCCUGGACGCCAUGUGUAGCAAGCUGAACUAUCCGUGCAAUCCUGGAGUAUCAGCUUUCCUGCUGACCACGUGGCUCGGCUACAUGAACAGUUUCGUCAAUCCGGUGAUUUACACCAUUUUUAAUCCGGAGUUUCGAAAGGCCUUUAAAAAACUCAUGUUCAUGGGGCCGUAAGUUAGGAGUAGUUUCUGCAUCGAAAGAGACUUGUGCCAAAGUUUAAGAGUAUUCAACUAACGCUAGAGUGGGGUAAUUACGCCAAAUAAAGUGAAACCAUUAUUUUCUACUGAUAAGCAGUAUUAUUUACGGGUAUUUAAUGUAUCAUAGUUUGAUAAAGUCCGUAACUACCAAAGCAAAAAUGGCGUAAUCAAUCUAGUUGUAAGCAGUCCAAAUGUGUUGGCAAGGGCGGAUCCAGAGGGGAUCUGAUGGACCAGAUAGUGCUGGGUUUAUCGACUAAUGAUUUUUUUUCUUAUUUCAUGGAUAAUUUAAGAAAAUAAGUUGCAUCAGACCCUUCAGUAUGAAUAAAUAAGUAACUCUCUUAAUAUGGGCCCGAUUUGGAUUAUUGAAAAUUCGUUCAAAAGCGAGUGAUUUUGCCUAAAAAUCGUAUUUCGCAAACUUGAAAUCGGUUGAGAAACUUGAAAGUCAUAAGGGCUGGAAGGUGGAAACGACGAGUUUUCAAGACAAAUGUUAUCAAUGUUUUCUUUGUGGAUUUAAGGUCGAAUUUUGUUUUGGAAAAACAACUUUAGGCAUGUAGAAAUUUCCUGCAUAACUGGUAAUAUCGGGCCGAAUUGGAGAUUUUGAAAUUUCUUGGGAAACGUACGAGUUUCUAUAAAAACUGCAUCUCGGAAAAUUGCACUAGGUUGAAGCACUUGGAAGUUAUGAUGAUUUUAAGGUCGAAAAGACCAUUUCCCGAACAAAAUACUUUUAAUUUUUUCCUCGAUUAACUCAUUUUCAAAAUUGAACAUUAGAUUUUUUCGAAAGUUUAUGCUCGACAGAUUCACUGUACCUAUAUAACAAAAUUUGCAUUUGCAGCAGUUUGGAAGGAAAUGGGCUCUGAAUAUUGGCAAGCGUAAAACUCU